GCCCGUCAGUUUGAUUUGCGGUAGCUAGUGUUUAUUUCGGCUAGCUUGCUGCUUGCUAGUAGCUAACAGCCAUGGCUCGGUUCGUUUUCUUACUGCUUUUACCGGUUCUCAUUGAAUCGGUAUUUUCAAUUUCAUUCUUUAUACCAGUUAACUCCAGGAAGUGUUUACGAGAAGAGAUCCACAAAGACGUUCUCGUCACAGGGGAAUACGACAUUUCCGAACAAGCGAACACCAAAACAAACCUAAAGAUUACAGAUUCCUCGACUCACACACUGUACUCCAAGGAAGAUGCCGCGAAAGGAAAGUUUGCCUUUACUACGGAGGAUUAUGACAUGUUUGAGGUGUGCUUUGAGAGCAAGUCUCCAAUGGGAACUGGGAGGGUCCCAGACCAACUGGUCAACCUGGACAUGAAGCAUGGGGUGGAGGCCAAGAACUAUGAAGAGAUUGCUAAAGUGGAAAAGCUGAAGCCUCUGGAAGUGGAGCUCAGGAGACUGGAGGACCUGUCAGAGUCCAUUGUGAAUGAUUUUGCCUACAUGAAGAAGAGGGAGGAGGAGAUGAGGGACACCAAUGAGUCUACAAACACCCGUGUUUUGUACUUCAGCAUUUUCUCAAUGUGCUGUCUGAUUGGCCUGGCCACCUGGCAGGUGUUCUACCUCCGUCGCUUCUUCAAAGCAAAGAAACUCAUUGAGUAGAGUGGCCCCCACCCCCAGAAUUGCCCCAGGGGAAGCAGCCAGCCAUCGUCGCAUCCCCCCCCCAUCCACCCACCUCAGACUACCUUCAGCAACCAGUUAUUGAAGGGCGCAACGCUAGUUUUAAAUGGUGUGAAAGGGCACAAUGGGUAUCAGUCCUCUGCAAGUGGAACACCUAUGUGGAGAUUUAGUUUUUUGGGAUGGAGUGUAGCUGAUAGAAUCAGACAGGGGUAUAUGUACAGUAUAGAUUCAAAUCUUAAAGGAUAAGUGAAAUCUAACUUCUGUUUCUAAGUGUUCUAUCUGCAACGUUUGGAAUAUUGCAUCCUAUAGAAUAAUUAUUUAAUUUUUUGCUUGAAUCUGUCAUUUAUUGUGUACAGUUAGAUUUUUUUUGCUCAGUUUAUCUGGUUUGAAUGGAUGUACCAGGAGUAAAUGUUGCCCUUCAAUUGUUCUCUUUGACAUGCCAUACAAACUAGAUCACUGGUGCCCAUUUGUGCAAAGUGAAGGCUUCUAUAGACAUCGUAAAGAUUUGGUUUCUCUGAAGAGGAAACUUUGGCAACCACUGAACUUUGUGUUUUGUCAGUUAAUUUACAUUCACUUUUGGUAGCUAAAUUCAACAGCGUCUUUGUUUUAAUAUUGUGCUUUACAGUUGCUAUUACAACUGUUUCAGGUGGUGUGAGUUAUCAGGAAAAUGAUAUCCUCUUAGUUUUAACAGGUCACGUUUAUCAAAACGCUUGCAUGUUAAGUUACUUUUUCAAAAGAAGUGUCACAUGUACACCCUUUUCAUUACCAACCAAUGACUUCAGAAACCAGCCUUCAUGUUUCUUCAAUUAGAUCACAUUGGGGGCAUAGAGUAAUUCUCAACAGAGGGUUGUUAAUGGAGGCCAUUUAGCCAUUUGACAUGUCAGCUUUGAAAUGGUGAAGGGUAUGUAGUAAAAAGAAUACAGUGACAAGCCCCAGGGUUGAUGUGCUUAAUUUGCGUAGUUGCUUACAUCAUGUAAAGUGAAAGACUGUUUGUCAGGGGAUGGUAAUCUAUUCCAAAUGAUUGAACAUAAAAUAUCUAUCCAGAAAUCUUUUUAUUUGUAUUAUUAUAAUUCAGGGGUUUGGUUUACCUAAGGAUAUGUGGAGGUUAGAAUGUAGUUCUCCUUGGUCACUUUUACUACUGCAUCUGUGGAUUGUGGCGAUUUUUUAACGGUGCAUUUUACGAUGUGUACGGUCAAUGAUUUCUAUGUUGAUUGCUAUACAUUUUAUAAAGGUUUAUGUUGGGCUUUUAUUCAAUAAAGUAUUGGAUGGAUUUACAAAACA